AUGGGCCGUACGUUUGACCCCAUUGCCGAUGUUCCCAUGACGGCCGACGACUUGAAGCUUUCUAAGCAUGUCUCUGUUGGUUGGGGUAAGAAGGAGACGCAAUUUCAGGGAAAGGGUGCCAAGGCGCUUCGCGAUCCGACGAUUCCUGAGAAGGUUGAUGAGGGUAUCCCCAGCCCAAAUGAAGACGGAAGUGCGGCUGUGAGUUGGAGGGGCGAUGGCGCGUACGUUGCUAUCAACUCUGUCGCUGGCGGCGCGAGGAGAGCUAUUAGAGUGUAUUCCCGUGAGGGCGUGCUCGACAGCGUGAGCGAACCCGUGGAUCAUCUCGAGGGAGGCCUCAGCUGGAGACCGUCGGGAAACCUGAUUGCCGGUAUCCAACGCUUGCCGGAGAGGACGGAUGUUGUCUUCUUUGAGAGAAACGGCUUGCGACACGGACAAUUUACACUUCGCUGCGCCGAUAGCCCUCUGAGCGAACACGACAAGAUUCGGCUAGAGUGGAACUCGGACUCAACUGUGCUGGCCGUUGUCUUGAAGGACAGGAUACAGUUCUGGACCAUGGGCAAUUAUCACUGGUAUCUCAAGCAGGAAGUGCCGUUGACGUCUCCAUUUGCUGGUCUUUCGUGGCAUCCCGAGAAGCCUCUGCGACUCGCUGCCGCGACAUCAGGAGGCGUAAACGUUGCCGAGUACAUCUUCACCGUGGCCCGUGGCUCUUUGGACCCUCCCAAUGACUACGGAGCCGUGGCCGUGAUUGACGGGCAGACAGUGAAAUUGACCCCUUUCCGGACGGCGAAUGUCCCGCCGCCUAUGGCUUGGGCGGAACCAGAGUUUCCUGCGAGCGUGAUUGACGUCGUUUUCGAUCCAAGCAACUCACUUAUGGUCGUGCUUCACCGCAAGGGUCUUGUUGUCUUCCAAUGGCAGACGAAGGGAGACCGGUCAAUUCAACCCAAGGAACUGGCAAAGAUUGCUUUUGAGGCGGACGAGACCAAAGUACCCCUCCAGAUUGUCUUUUCUGGGCCAGCUGAGUGUCAGAUUCUCUUCUCCGCAGAGAGUCUGAUGCUUGAAACGUAUUCGAUCGAAGCACCGUCACUUAGUCUCUCCAACAGCCUUCAGCUGAAGCCCACGGAGACGAUAUCUUCCAUUUUCAGCUACGAAGGUGACUCAGGGGUUGUGGCUGUCGCGCAGGACCGCUCGGGUAAGCUGUACAGACUUGUCAGCAAGCAGGCCCCUGAGUUGCUGGCAACCCAGCUUUCGACUCAGCUCCCUUGGUGUGAGGUUAGGGAUAUCAACGGAAGGACGGUCGCUCUAGGUAUGACUAGAAACGGUCAUCUCUAUGCCAAUUCGAGACAAUUGGCGAAGAACUGUACGUCGUUUGUUGUCACACCUGCGCACAUUAUCUUUACGACAAACAACCACUUCUUGAAGUUUGUGCACUUGGUGGACCCCGAAGAAAUGGAGGUGCCCGGCGACGAUCCAGAAAUUGACGAGAGAUGCCGCAGCAUUGAGCGUGGCGCUCGUCUGGUGACCGCCACGCCGACCAACAUGAACCUGGUUCUUCAGAUGCCGAGAGGAAACCUCGAGACCAUCUAUCCCAGAGCCAUGGUUGUCGCUGGUAUCAGACAACUCGUCGACGAGAAGAACUACGGCAGGGCUUUCGCCUUCUGCCGCACACAGCGAGUCGACAUGAACAUACUUUACGACCACCAGCCUAGCCAGUUCAUCUCCAACGUUGGCCUUUUCCUCGAGCAGCUCAAGGACAUUACAUACAUUGAUCUGUUUCUCUCUUCGUUAAGGGAAGAGGAUGUCACUCAGAGUAUGUACAAGGACACGAAGCGCACCAACAAAUCUGCACCGGAGCCGGCAGAGGCCUCCGCAGACCUGUCUUCCAAGUCCAAGGUCAACAAGAUCUGUGAUGCCAUCCUGAAGAGCUUGCAAAGCAAGAAGAGCACAAACCUACAGAACAUCAUCACCGCCCAUGUCUGCAAGGACCCCCCAGCCCUCGACGACGGUCUCACCUUAGUUUCGGAACUGAUGCAGGAGGACGAGAAGCUCGCGGAGCGUGCCGUGGAACACAUCUGCUUCCUUGUUGAUGUUAACAGACUUUAUGACAACGCUCUCGGCCUUUAUAACCUCGAUCUCGCCCUACUCGUCGCUCAGCAGUCGCAACGUGACCCAAGAGAGUACCUCCCCUUUAUUCAAAACCUGCACAACCUCCCUGACCUACGCCGCAAGUUUGAGAUCGACGACCACCUCGACCGCAGAGCGAAGGCCCUCACGCACCUCAAAGCGCUUGACGCUUUCGACGAGCUGCAAAAGUACGUCACCAAAUACGCCCUGUAUCAAGAAGCGCUGGGCUUGUACAGAUACGAUCAGGCGCGGCACCAGGUUAUCACGGGCCUGUAUGCGAGCUACCUUGAAUCCAAUUCUAAAUACCGCGACGCCGGUCUGGCGUACGAGACUCUGCAGAACUUCUCCAAGGCGACGAGCUGCUACCGUGCAGCCGGUGUGACAUCCUGGCGCGAAUGUCUCUUCGCCGCGCAGCAGCAGACGCCCCCGCCUUCAGAGGAAGCAUUCGCGGAACUCGCAUCGGCGCUGGCCGAUGCCCUCUGGGAGGGCAAGGAGUACGCUGCCGCAGCUACCGUCCACGCAGACUACCUCGCCUCUCUCGAGACGGCGGUGAAGUGCCUCUGCAAGGGCUAUCACUUCGCCGAGGCCCUCCGCCUCAUCGCCCGCGAGCGGCGUGCAGACUUGCUCCUGACGGUCUUUGAUAAUGGUCUUGUCGAGGCGCUGAGCAGCAGCACCGAGUUCCUGGCAGACUGCAAGGCACAGCUGCUGGCGCAAGUGCCCCGUAUUGCGGAGCUCCGCCGGAAAGCGGCCGAGGACCCGUUGGCCUUUUACGAGGGCGAGCGUCCUGGUGCACACGGCGAUAUCCCUGAUGACAUUUCCGUCGCAGCCAGCUCGCGCGUUAGCACCAGCGCCAGCUUGUUCACUCGAUACACUGGCAAGGACGGCAGCGUCGGGACGCUGGGCACCGGCGUGUCUCGGGCGACGAGCAAGAACCGCAAGCGCGAGGAAAAGAAGCGCGCGAGAGGUCGGAAGGGCACGGUGUACGAGGAAGAGUACCUCGUCAACAGCGUCAGGCGUCUUGUCGAGCGCGUGGAGGGCGGUGCAAAGGAUGAGGUUAGCCGCUUGGUGUUCGCACUUGUCAGGAGAGGCAUGACGGAGCGCGCGAGAGCCGUGGAGGUGCUGAUGGCAGAGGUUGUGGAGGGAUGCAAGGCGGCGGUCCGUGAGGUGUUCGACGUCAAAGAGGAGGCGGACCGCGAGGCGGUUGUCGGGCCUGAUGGGGAGAUGUGGACGCCAUCCGGAGCGGAUGCCGUCUUGCAGGAGCAUCUCGAUGCGAGAGCCAAGAAGUUGGAGCCGCCUGUUCUCGGGGCGUUCCAGAAGCUGACACUGUUGGGAUCUUAG